UUCCCUCAUUACGUCCGGUUUUAGAUAAGAUGGCGUGUUUACCUUGAUUUUAUUUCUUGUUUUAAUAUUUUAACCCUUUUUACAUCACCUAUUUCAGGUGAGCUGGAGUAGAAUGUCUGCUGAUGAAAAUCAAACACUCCAGGAUGAAGAAAUUGAGGCACUUGCUGCUAUAUACGGUGAUGAUUGGGAAGUUGUUGACAGUGAAUCAAGAAAAUACCACAUAAGAAUUUCAGAUGAAAAAUUGAAAAAUGCUAUUUUGAUGGAGGUUUCCUUUCCUCCAGAUUAUCCAAAGACUGCACCUCCUCAAUAUAUCCUGAGUGCACCCUGGUUACUAAGAGAUGAGAAAACAAACUUGGAAGGUUCAUUAGCAGAUAUUUAUUGUGAAAAUAUUGGAGAGAGUAUCAUAUAUUUAUGGGUUGAGAAAAUAAGAGAGUUUCUGCAAGAAAGAAACGAACUACAUGUUAAAGCAGACACUACAGCAGGUAACUCAGAAGCUGUUAUUCAAGAGCAUAUGCUAGAUAGAAAAACAGAAGAGGAAGAUGAAAUUUUAGACAUCGAUUUCCUAAACGUACAGGAAAAACCUGACAAGUGCCAUUUUGAAGAGCAGGAAAACAGCAGUGAUGAUGUAAACUGUCCUGAGAUUCAUCAUGGAAAAAGUUUUGUUGACAGAAAAAGUGUGUUUCAAGGUCACAUAGCCUCCAUAUCUCACACUAAACAAGUAAAAUUAGUUCUGGACUCUUUGUGUCAAAGUAAGAAGAUUGCCGCAGCUACACACAAUAUAUACGCAUACAGAAUAUCUUCCAAAGACAAACAAGAUGUUUUCUACCAAGGAUGUGAGGAUGACGGGGAAACACAGGCCGGCUCUCGGAUGUUACACCUGAUGCAGAUUGUAGAUGCAUGCAACGUAAUUGUGGUGGUCACUCGUUGGUAUGGAGGAGUUCAUCUGGGUCCUGAUCGCUUUAAGCAUAUAAAUAACUGUGCCAGGCAGCUGUUGGAUGAACAUGGGUAUAUCCAGUCAAAGAAUGAGAAAAAAGGCCCUAAAAGCAAUAAGAGGAGAAGUUAGUUUUGUGAAUUAUUUGUUCUCUUUGUCGUAUGAAAACUGGGGGUAAAAUAUUGAUAUGUCUUUCAUUUAAAAGAAAUCUUUGAUUUUAUUAUGAUGAGAAUUUUUAUCACUUAUAUUUAUUUGUUAAAUUGAUCUACAUACUCUUUAUGCUAUGCAUUUUUACAUUAUAUUGAAUUUAACAAUGAAGCAAAAUCUAAGAUUGUGUUCGGUAAAAUUGAUACAUUUAUUAUGGAACUUAUCUGAGGACCCAUGAUAAAUGAUUUACUUGUUGAACAUGCAUUAUUAAUGAUAUAAUGAAUGAAUAUCAAAUCUGGAUUUUCCAAGAAUCUAUCUUAUUUUUAUCAAGAAUAUGGUGAAUGAAUUACUGGCAGGUUUCGAGUAUGUAUUCAAGACCGAUCUGUUAAAAAUAAAUUCAUCAAGGAUCUGUAUUGAAAUUAAUAGGGUAUUUAUCAAAAGAUAGAAGAUGAAUAUGUUAUCUUAAUUUAUCACAGUAUAUUACGAAUGAAUUGUUGAAUUUG